AUGCGUUUUCAACAUGACUGUGUGACCAUAAUCAACAAUUUCUUCCCACGAGAGAGACUGGAUUAUUACACCAAGCCCCAGGGACUGGAUAAAGAGCCAAAGCUGCCCCUGAAGUUGGCAGGCCCGCUGCAUAAGGUCAUCACCACCACGAACCUUCACCCUGUCAAGAUCGUGAUGCUGGUGAAUGAGAACCCCCUGCUGGCGGAAGAAGAGGCCCUGAAAAUGUGCUACAGAGUGAUGGACCUGAUCUGUGAGAAGGGCAUGAAGCAGAGAGACAUGAACGAAGUGUUAGCCAUGAAAAUGCACUACCUCAGCUGCAUCUUUCAGAAAUGCAUGAACUUCCUAAAAGAUGGAGAGAACAAACUGGACACCUUGAUCAAGAGCUUGCUAAGGGGCCGCGCUGCUGAUGGCUUCCCAGUGUAUCAAGAGAAAGUCGUGAGAGAGAGCAUCAGGAAGUUCCCGUACUGCGAAGCCACGCUCCUGCAGCAGCUGGUGCGGAGCAUCGCCCCUGUGGAAAUUGGCUCCCAUCCCACUGCAUUCUCCAUCCUCACCCAAGCCAUCACCGGGCAGGUGGGUUUUGUGGAUGUUGAAUUUUGCACCACCUGUGGAGAAAAAGGAGCAAGUAAACGGUGUUCAGUGUGCAAAAUGGUAAUCUACUGUGAUCAAACCUGCCAGAAGACACACUGGUUUGCACAUAAGAAAAUCUGUAAGACUCUGAAGGACGUCUACGAGAAGCAACAAUCGGAAGCUGCCAAAGAGAAGAGUCGAGAGGAGAUCAAUGGCAAACUUGACGUCAAUUCCAAUUGUGUGGAUGAAGAGCAGCCAGAAGCCGCAGCGGGAGUCCCCCAGGAGGAUCCCAGUCUGAAGGACUGUGUGGACGGGGAGAAAGAGCCUCGCCCGAGUGAGGCUGGGGUGGAAGGCGGACGGGAUGCCCCCGCAGAUCCACAGGCGUCUGAGGAGUGAAACGCACCGCAGGUGUCUGCAUGGAUGGCCUGCACCCUGGCUGGCAGCCCGGAAACUCUUGUGACUGUGUCCUCGAUGCCCAUGACACCUGCAUGGCCCCAGGCAGGACUCCACAUUGCGUAGAAUAGAGGCUUUCUCUGGUAGCCUGUUGGCCUCAUCCUCACGUCCGCUUCGUGGCUGUUCUACGAUACAACAGAUAUUCCCUAUGGAAAACAUUUGCUUUCAAAACCCAGAGAAACCAUGUCUAGGCCCUUUUGGAGGCUGGCUCCCCAGCUGUGGCUGUCAAAGGAAAAUAAAUCCCCUGUAAGAUGAAAAUGUCACCUUCAGGGAACAAAGGGACCAGCAGAGUGGACGUGGGGGAGAGGAGGUUUUCAGGAAACGCAGAGGCACUAAGCCUGAGAUGGAACAUUGGAAAACUGUAACUUACAUGUGGAUCAAGGUCACAUAAAGAGCGCUCACAGGAGCAAGGUUCUACUUUGUAAGACACAGCGAGAUAGUGCAGAGCUGGAGGCGUCAAUGCCACAGCCAAGCUAAUUUUAGUUUCCAUGGAAAUUAUCCUGGGCAGUCUAACUUGAGGCGGCUCCUAGCAUCGGGGCCUUCAGAAAUGUCAGAUGCUUCAGAAAGAAAGAAGGCCUCACCAGGAUGUCUCAGCAUGUGCUUAAAAAAAAAAUUG